AUAGCAAAACACCAUCUCUCUCUUUCAACCAAGAAAAUGGAGAAAGCAAUGAAAGAAAAUAGGCUAAGUUCCAUUCUCUUCAUCGUCCUCUUCUUAUGUGGGUCCACAUCUAUGGCCCACAAGCCCUUCCGGCAUCGUCCACAACCGUGCAAUCACCUGGUAUUCUACUUCCACGACGUCAUCUACAACGGCAAGAAUGCGGGAAACGCCACGUCAGCGAUCGUGGCCGCACCUUCUUGGGGCAACCAUACAAUCCUAAGCAGACUUAACCAUUUCGGCGAUAUGGUAGUCUUCGACGACCCAAUCACCUUAGACAACAACCUGCAUUCGCCGCCGGUGGGCCGCGCGCAGGGAAUGUACUUCUACGAUAAAAAGGAGAUCUUCACCGCAUGGGUGGCGUUCAGCUUCGUUUUCAACUCGACGAAACACAAGGGCACCAUCAACUUCGCUGGCGCUGACCCAUUGAUGAACAAGACUAGGGAUAUAUCGGUAAUUGGUGGGACGGGCGACUUCUUCAUGGCGAGAGGGAUCGCGACAUUGUCGACUGAUGCUUUCGAGGGAGAAGUGUAUUUCCGUCUUCGGGUUGAUAUUAAUCUUUAUGAAUGUUAUUGAUUUUUUAUGAUUUUGGUAUUUGGUUUAUUAGCCUUUGGUGGUUUUUGUCUAAUUUAAAUGGUGAUUAGACAUUAACUUUUGUGUAAUUAAUAAAACGGGUUUGAGGUGAAACCUCUCUCUUUGGUUUGUGUAAGAAA